AUGGCGCCAUUAAGUUACCGCCUUACAGUACACGUUCGUAAAUUUCAGAGCUGGUCAACGAGUCGAAAGGAAGUAAAGCUACGAUUUCGCUGCACAGAAUGUGGCAAGUGCUGCACCGGUCGGGGUGGCCGUGUGCGCGUGAAUGAUCGAGAGAUUAAGGAGCUGGCAGCUUUUAAAAACUUGACCGUAAACGACUUUAAGCGGAAGCAUACGCUUGAACUGAAUAAAAACAACAAUGGGCAAAAUGUGACGCAAUCAAUUUUAUUGCAAACAUCCGAUGACAACCAGUGUAUCUUUUUACAAGGAUCGAAGUGUUCCGUCUACAAAGUGAGGCCAACCCAGUGCCGAACGUUUCCGUGGUGGCCAGAGCAUCUCGUUUCGGAGUAUGAUUGGCAGCUUGCGGCAAAUCAGUGCGAGGGAAUUCAUGUGAACCAAGAAGAUGUGCAGGAUAACAUUCCAGUGUAUACCUUCGAUGACGUGAUAUUACAAACUAUUAUGCACGACAUUCACCGUUCAGGUGAGAAUUAUACGUACGACGAACUGCAGCAGCUGUUGCGUGACUUGCGAGAAGUGGAGCCUCAAUUCAUUAAUGAGUACAAAGCCGAGCUACUUAACAAGUUUUCAAGACAAAUUGUCUACCAUGACAACGAAGUCACCGUUCUAGAUACUUUCUUUGAAGAAGAAAUCAAGCCUACACGCAAAUUUGUGUAUAACAAUCGUCCGCACUUAAUACAGAGUGAAGUGGCAUUGAGCAAGAUGCCAUCACACUCUGAGGAAAAGUUUGAUCGAAGCUCGUUGGCGCUAGAUGUCCACAGAGCCCUAUGCCUGUCAUUUGCGUGGUUGCCAAAUGAAAAGAUACAGUCAUCGAUCCGCGUUAUCGUGUUUGGUGGCGGGGCGUGCACGCUGCCGCUAUUUUUACUAGAGCAUCACUCAUCGAAGGAAAUUAUGCAGCUUGUCACUGUUGAACCGUGUAGAACGGUGAAUGAAAUAGCUCGGCGCUUUUUUGGAGUUGACUCAGCUUUAAAGAGCGAUUCACGGCUUUCGAUUCAAGAGACAACCGGCGAGGAUUUUGUCUUAAAUUAUACGAAGGCUGCUCCAUUUGAUAUUGCAGUGUUUGAUGUUGAGGCUGGUAAGAGCUGUGAUGGUGUGUGGGCUCCAUCGAUUGGUAUGCUUGAUGUGAGCUUUUUAGAAAGAAUGAAGUGUCUACUUAUUUCUGGGGGCGUUAUGGCGAUUAACGUGAUUACUGAAACAGAAGAGGCGCUGAGUAAUGUAGAGGCUAAAAUUGGGCUAGUUUUUUCACGUGGGUUGCGACUUUCGCUGCCAACAAACACAGUGCUCUUUUUUUUCAAUGAGGAUAGCAAUGUCAAUACUGUUUUGAAUGUGGUCGAGUAUAUUCGAUCGGUGCAGAGAAGUGAAUUCCAAACACGUUAUGCUUUAACACCAUCAUUGCUGAAAAAAUAUCAACUGACUGCAAUUGAAUCCAAAACAUUGACAAAAUGA